AUGUCUACGAACACUUCCUGGUCUGGAAUUGACGAUCAAUCUAUGACGAGCUCCCCAACUCAGGAAUUAUCUUACUCGGUACGUUCAUCUAACGAGCCCCGUGGCUACGUUACUGCGAGGUUCAAACAUGUCAUGAUCGAAAAUGGCCACGCUGUGAUCACAGGAAGAGAUGGUACUUCAUUCCAAUAUUGCGAGGACGAACCGAUUCGAAUCCCAGGUGCCAUCCAAAGCUUUGGUGUUAUGAUCGCUCUGCGAGUGGAGUCACCCGACCAGCAGCUUUUAGUUCGUGUGGUCAGCGAAAAUUCCCACGAACUCAUAGGUUACUCUCCCAAACAAUUAUUUGAGUUGGAGAGUUUUUGUGAUAUCCUGAAAUCUGACCAAACAGAAAUACUGUUAGAUCAUGUUGAUUAUGUUUGCGGAAAUGUAUGCGAUCUUAGCUUGGAUGGUCCUGACGUUUUCUCCUUGUCUAUUACAACGGGUGAAGGGGAUAUCCGUCGCUUUUGGUGCGCUUUACACGUCAGCCAAGCCCAGAAAAACCUGAUUAUUUGCGAGCUUGAACUAGUGGAUGACGAGGUUAAUCCGCUAAAUAAUGGUGGAAUCGAGAAUCCGCUCAGCCCGACCGACACUCUUGGCUUUUUUCCCACUACAGAGCAAUUUGCUGCCAGCACUAUCAACACCAGUCAGCCAUUUCGAAUUUCUCGCAAUGCUAGACGAAGGAAGGGUGAGGCGGAGGCAAUGGAGGUAUUGGGUCUCUUGACUCAGUUCCAGGAGCAAUUAGGCUUAGCUCAUGACCUCGACACCUUGCUCAACACUACUACAGGUCUAUUCAAGGAGCUGACUGGCUUCCACAAGGUCUUAAUUUACCAAUUUGAUAGCAGCUGGAAUGGACUGGUUGUUGCAGAACUGGUCGACCCUACGGCCACUGUUGAUCUAUACAAAGGACUUCACUUCCCGGCGUCCGAUAUUCCUACACAGGCUCGCGAGCUAUACAAGAUCAACAAAGUUCGGCUACUCUAUGAUCGUGACCAAGUUACAUCCCGACUAGUUUGUCGAACAUUAAAAGAUCUAGAAAAGCCAUUAGAUAUGACACAUGCAUACCUACGUGCCAUGUCACCUGUCCAUGUUAAGUAUCUUGCCCAUAUGGAGAUCCGUUCGUCCAUGUCGAUUAGCAUUAAUACUUCUAACGACCUAUGGGGCUUGAUCUCUUGUCAUUCCUAUGGAAACAAAGGCAUGCGCGUCUCCUUUCCUAUUCGGAAGAUGUGCCGUAUGCUAGGCGAUAUAGUUGCGCAUAACGUUAAAAGGCUUUCCUUCGCAUCUCAACUGCAUGCACGAAGAUUGAUCAACAAUAUCCCCGCCGGUACCAAUCCAUCCAGCUAUAUCAUCGCGUCAUCAAAUUCAUUGCUGCAGCUUUUUGAUGCAAACUGCGGCGUUCUCUCGAUUUGCGAUAAAAGAAAGAUUCUUGGCGACAACUCUAAUUCACAAGAAAUUCUUGCUCUUAUUGGGUGCCUCCGUAUACGCCAAGUCAACCUAGUGCUCGCCUCUCACGAUAUCAAUAAAGAAUUUCCUGACUUACAUUACCCUCCUGGUCUAAAGGCUAUAUCAGGGUUUCUAUAUAUGCCGUUAUCUACCAGUGGCAGCGACUUCAUUGUGUUCUUUCGUAAGGGCCAACUGACGGAGAUCAAAUGGGGCGGCAACCCCUAUGAUAUAGCAAAAUGCAAGGAGGCUGCGGGGUAUCUAGAACCCCGUAGCAGCUUUGCAGCUUGGCAAGAGACCGUUCUAAGUCAAUCCCGGGAAUGGUCCAAAGGCGAUAUGGAGACAGCGUCCAUUUUGUGCCAUGUCUACGGUGAAUUCAUCAAAGUGAGGCGCCAGAAAGAAGCUAUCAUGCAGAACCCCCAGCUCACCACAUUGCGACUGGCCAACUCUGCUCAUGAGGUCUAUACACCGCUUACUGCAAUUAUUGACGGUCUUGAGAUUGCAUUAAGGGGUGUUCUUGAUGCGGAAACACGUGAAAGCUUGACCAAGUCGCAUUCUGCCGCCAAGUCUCUAAUUCAUGUUAUCAAUGAUCUUCUCGAUCUGACCAAUACCGAGAAAAGGCAGGAUAUCAUGAACCUCUCAGCGGGAGGACAAUGUAUUGGUGAUGUAGGCGUUCCUUGCAGUUCAUUCAGUCCGGGUAUACAUGCAUGGUGCAUUUCUAUAGUCGACGAGCCACAUGACAAGAUGAAACUUGAUCCGCACGGGUUUUUUUAUAUUGAAUGGCAAACCUUCACCUUACAAGGUAAACCAAUGUAA